UUCUUUAGUAGUGGUCAGCAUAAUAAUAAUAAUAAUAAUAAUAAAUAUGAGAGGUCAUCUAUGUAAAACACAGUUAUGUACAGGUGAUGUGUAGUGCAGUGAACAGUGUGUCACAUACACAUAAACACACACACACAAUGUCUGGCCUGGAAGAGUGUGUGGCUGGACACUGACUACCCUCCAGAGUCCAGGGGGCUGAAUUAAGGGCACUUUUCUGAAACAGGAACCCAGGAGUUGCUGUUUUGAUGGUUGACAGAGAAUGGAACAAAAUCAUGCUUUGAAAAGCAGACAGAAAAUAAAAUUCCUGUCUUUCAUAAUUAGGAUUAAUUUGCAAGGAUUUCACCAGGGUUUUAACCCCCUCAAAUACCUCUUAACAGUAUCCCUCUGAAUUACCCCUUUAAAACAGUCCUCCCAAAUACGAUUUUAAAACACCUCUCGAAAACCCCUUUAAGCAUAGUCCUCUCAAAUACUUAUGUGAUGUAACCCUUGAGGUUACAGUUACUCAUUUUAAAUCAGCUUUGCUGUAAAAUAAUGGUGUAACUCCAGUGAUAUGGUCUUAACAGUUCAACUAAAACAAAGCAAAGAGAAACAUGUCAUCCUUUGAGAUAGAAAGCAGAAAAGAUGAAAUGAGUGACAGCCAAACGCACACAAAAAAAAUGAGACUAAGAACCUCAGUAACCCCCCAUGCCAGGGUGAGUGUGUGAUCUGGUGCUGCAGCUACUACAGCUUCUACCCAUCUCUAGCUUCACCAGUACAGACACCUCCCUAAUAAGCUAUAAAACAACAAAGUUCAACAAAGAGAAAUUCAAAUCUAUGUCAGAGCUCCGAAGUGGUGCAGAAUUCUGAUUUUCUAAUUACAGGUUGUCAAAGACGUGCAUCUUCCCCUCUUGUGGACACUUGAGCUGUGCUGGGACUUUCAUCAGCAAGUCCAUGUCCUUAACCACUCUGCUACUUCAGCUAUGGUCAACAGUAUCUGAGUGCCAAUACCGGUGUGGGCUGCUUCUGAGGCCCCUAAGGAGUGUUGAACCCAGGAAUUCAACAGAGCUUCUGGAAGCAUGCCAAUCAUCAGCAAUGCCAACAAUGACCUCUGUCAGUUCUCCUUUAGCGAAGAGAGCAGCCUUGACGGCACCUUCCCUGAGGUUCCCGAGGCCAAGACAGCCAAAGGCAUCUAUUAUCAGCGGGCACAGUUGAUCCAGCAGUCAGAGGACCUGGGCAAGGUUGACCAUGGCCUGUUGGCUCUCAUUAAUGUGGGGGGCAAUCGCUACACCCUGCCCUGGAGCACUCUGGCCCAGUUUCCGCUGACACGUCUUGGACGACUGCAGCCCUGCACCAGCAUGGAGGAGAUUGCGCAGCUCUGUGACGAUUAUGAUGAGACAGCCCAUGAGUUCUUCUUUGAUCGCAGCCCAUCGGCCUUUGGUGCUGUGCUCAACCUAGUGGUGGCUGGGAGGCUGCAACUGCGUCGGGAAAUGUGUGCACUCUGGUUGUAUGAUGAGCUCACCUACUGGGGUGUUGAGUUGGCUCUGAUGGAGCACUGUUGCCGAAGCAAGGUCUACGCUCACCUGGAGGAGGUGGCUGAACUAAAGUGGCGUGAGCAGGAACACCAGUGCAGGACCAAGAUGGGGUGCACCCCCAUAGAGGACACUUGCUAUCGCAGGUUCAUGGAAGGACUAAGGGACAUGGUGGAGAACCCACAGUCUGGGCUGCCUGGGAAGGUGUUCGCCUGUUUCUCCAUCAUCAUGGUUGUUGUGACGGUGAUCAGCCUGUGCAUAAGUACCAUGCCUGACCUCAGAGAGGAGGAGAAUCGGGGGGAGUGCUCUUGGAAAUGCUGGCAUGUGUUCAUGGUGGAGGCAGUUUGCGUUGCCUGGUUCUCCUUGGAGCUCCUGCUGCGCUUUCUGCAGGCCUCCAGCAAACUGGAAUUUCUGUGUGGCCCCCUCAAUGUCAUUGAUGCUCUGGCCAUCCUGCCCUUCUAUGUCACCCUGGUGGUGGAGGAUGAGGAGGUGGCGGAGGGGGUUGCGUCUGGGGGGUGGGGCUACCUUGAUAAGCUGAGCCUGGUGCUGCGCAUCCUGAGAGCGUUGCGCAUCUUAUAUGUGAUGCGGCUGGCGCGACACUCACUGGGCCUGCGUACGCUGGGCAUGACAAUGCGCCGUAGCAUGCGGGAAUUUGGCCUGCUCCUUUUGUUUCUGGGUGUCGCUGUAGCGCUCUAUUCCCCGCUGGUGCACCUGGCUGAGAGUGAGCUGGCAAGUGGUGGACGUGACUUCAGCAGCAUCCCUGCCUCCUACUGGUGGGCUAUCAUCUCCAUGACAACAGUGGGCUACGGGGACAUGGUGCCACGCAGCAUCCCUGGCCAGUUGGUGGCGCUCAGCAGCAUCCUUAGCGGCAUCCUCAUCAUGGCCUUUCCGGCCACCUCCAUCUUUCACAUGUUCUCACGCUCCUACCAGGAGCUCAAACAGGAGCAGGAACCGUUCUUCAAGGAGCAGGAGCAGCUCUUCAGGGAGCAGCAUUCUUCUGGAGCCCAGUCCACCAUGGGUAGCAUCUCUGGUAAGAGCAAAGACAGAGAUGCCAGCAGCUUCUGGAUCCCCACAAAUCUGUUUCUCACAGACAGGGAUAGGUCUUUCUCCCGGGAGAACUGUCUCCUUGUUGAGGACACCGAAGGCUCCUCUUAGUGGGAUCUCUAUGGCUGCUAAACGUUCACUUCGAUCUGGGAUGGGAGGAAGAUGUGCCUGGACAGUGGACUGGUUGGACUGGUCUGCAGUUGUAACUCUGGACCUCAGAGUUAUAGAUUGUCAGCUGCUUGAUUUCUGGGAACUGAUAGAGACACUCACUGCUCACAAACUGGACUGUACUGCUUCCUUUUGUUCACUUUCCAGCCCAGAGACUUUCUGGUCCUGGUUCUGUCCACUGGCUCUCUUCUCACACCCAGAGGCUAGUCUGGCAUUGGUACUCAAUUUGACAGCUUUUUUUUUUUAAAUUCACUCCAGCAGAACUCUGAUUCUCUGUGGGAUGCUGCUGAGAGAGAUGUCAGUGAAGGACAUUGGAGAGGGACUCAGAGAUGGAUGUUAGGGAGGGAAAUAAGGAUGCAAGUCAGAGAGGGACACGUGUCUGAGUCUCAGCUGGCAAAACUGGAGAGUACUUUCUCAGUGUGCAUCUUUAACUAUGAGACAUUUUGCCAUUUCAGAACUGUUUUAAAAAUGAAUUUAAAAAAUACAAGAGUCUCAUUGUUUAGAGGUUCAUUACUGUCUUAGUGUUUAAAUAAUUAAAUUGGUAAUAUGAAUUUCCACCUCUGUGUACCACAGUUGUCAUGUCCAUGCCUGCACCUGACACCAGUCUAGCCCCUGACUGAACACUCUGCUUUAAAAGACCCUCCUCAGCUCCCGUACACUUGCAGAAUCUCAUUUGAGACAAACGCCUUCCUUCACGAUGUCCUGCUGUCCCACAACCAUUGUUUCCUGUCUUCGUUCUCCGGUUAUCAACCCUUCACUUCAUCCCCUGGCCACGUUCAUGGAUCCUUGCUCUAACUCUGCCCGCUGAUUGACCGACCCUUCGCCUGUCGCCGACAACGAGAACUCGUCUGAUCCCUUGAGUCCAGAUGAACGUUCUGCACUUGGGUCCAGCCAUCCCGGCUUCCUCGGUUCCGCGUGACAACAGUGCUGACAACUCCACACUGACUACUUAUCUAACUAACAGUAGCAUUUUAGUACAAUGACCUUUGGCUCUGAGCUUUGGGUCAGCAGGUGGCAUAAUGAUUAGAAUUGCUACCUUUGAGCAAGGUGCUUCA